UGACAAACACGUUCGCCGAAAUAGCUGUGUUAGCCGAGAUCAAAGCCGACUUGACAUCAAUCUGCUCGAUAAAGCCGCAUCAUCUAUCGUCUUCCGGUCCCACACACGCCUCAUCCAUGACAUUGCGGGGAUGCAAUGGCGUGAUUAUAAUUACCACGCCGUGCCCGCUACCGAGUCAAGGGUAGGGUACAACACAACUCAUCUUCCAGCUUCAAGUUUACAGCCCUCACUUCUCAUCUCCUCUCCAACGCACAGAAACCCCAAAACAAUCCCACCGAGAACCAACCAUGCCAGAGUCAAAGGUGAUCCCGCCGGCGACCUCUGCCGUCGCCAAGCCGACGGCCACCUUCACGGGCGACGUCUACAUGGAGCUCAUCAACCGCGACGACCACGCCGCCAUCGCCAACGUCACCUUCACUCCGUGCGCCCGAACCCACUGGCACACGCACGCCGGCGGCCAGAUGAUCCGCGUGCUGUCCGGCACCGGAUGGGUCUGCGACAGGGGCGGCGAGGCCCGCCGGAUCAGGGCCGGCGACACGGUCUGGGCGGCCCCGGGCACGACGCACUGGCACGGCGCCGACGACGGGAGCAUCAUGACGCACUUUGUCGUCGGCAUCGGGGAGACUACGUGGCACGAGGCCGUCACGGAGGACGAGUACAAGAAGCGGACGACGGAAUAGGGUGGAUGAUGUGGGGUGGUUGGCUAUGUCAUAGUGAUGACUGGGCAGACCGAAAAACGUCUAACAUGUAUAUAAAGCCAACGAGUCCGGCCAAUCCAUCAACU